CUGACAUCACUACAGUGCAUUGCGAGUUUGCGAGUGGUUAGUUAGGGUAACAGAGGAAGCAGCUCCUUCACAGAUAAGCAGGCAGUGCAAUAGAGAGACACAUGCUGUUUCAUAAGGAUACGCCUGAUUUCCAGAAAUAACCAUGUUUUUGUGGCUUAAACUCUUAGUAUUUGGUGUUGCAUUUCUGGGACAGGAUGCUUUUCUCAAAGGGGAGGAGACAACGACCACACCUGAUACUGGUGCCAGCCUCGCACACAGCACGCACUUCUCCCCGCACGCAGAGCCCAGCCCCAGCACGGCCCCGAGCAGCCCGGCACGCAGCAGCGCCUCCGCUGCCCUCACCGCACGCACUCCCUCUGCCUCCGGGGAUGCUCCUGCAGAUGAUUACAAUUCAACAUCCUUGCACAGCACCACCUCAUCAGUCAACACGCCAGCAGGCACUGGGAUCAGCCCCACUCCCAGCUCCACUUACACAAUAGAACCUACCACAGUGAUACCCGAAGCAACUUGUGCUAUUAUUGAAGACAUAAAAGACUCGGAGAACAACUCUAGCCUGGCUGAAGUUUUCCUGAAAAUUCACACAAAAGACACAGAAUACAUUAUUCUGGGGGAUGACAGAAACAGAACUGUGAGUUCCAGCAACCGUUCCGUAGAGCUUCCGAAAUGCCGGAGUUACACUGUCAAAGUUAAAAAUGGCAGGUGUACAGAUGGUACUUCUUCUUCUUUUCUUGUUCCAAAAGUCACCAGGGAAUCUCUUAAAGUCCAGAACAUAACCAACACAUCUGCCUCGAUACAUCGGAGUAGCUCACUUGCCUGUGCUACGGUGACUGUUACCUGCCCUGAGACAUUACUUUUGAUUCCUCCAAUGCAUUCUGAAAAUUCAAACUUUACUGGUAAAAAUCAAACUUGUGAAGAGCUGAAAAAUUUAUUACCAAACCAUCUGUAUAACUGCAUUGGAUCCAUAGAUUUUUAUGGAAACAAUGUUGCCAACCUAAACUUCACCAUACAUACAGACUAUGGUGCUCCAAAAGCACCACAAAACCUUCACAUGGUACAUAAAAAUACCACAGGUGUAGCAGUUAGUUGGACAGCACCUGGGGACACUUCCAACGGUCCCAUAGAUGGCUACAAAGUGGAAUUCUUCGAGGAAGGCAUACCUCGUCAUGUUGAUCGAGUCAACACAACUCACUAUGCUUGGUAUGACUUUCGUCCUUAUACCAGAGUUUCUGUGUCUGUGACUCCAUUUACAAUCAACAAACGCAAUGACAGCGUGGAUGGUAGCAGUGAGAGCCGUGAAUUUACAACAGAUGCAGCAGUACCAGAAGAAGUGAGUCACAUUAAAACAAUAUUGACAGCUGAUAAUGCUGUCCAGAUUACAUGCAGAAAACAAAACGAAUUUGGACCAUAUGCACAAUUUAUAUUGGUUUGGGAGAAUGAUAGAAAAACUGAAAACAAAAGCAAAUGUGAAUUUAAAAGAGAAAAUCUCUUUUAUCUGACAAACUAUACGUUUAAGAUCUUUGUCUUUAAUGGAAUACACAAUGGGAAAGAAGUAGUGGGGAGUAUAAAAACCAGAUAUAAUUCUAGAGCCUUGAUUAUAUUUUUGGCAUUCUUGAUCAUUGUGACUGUAAUUGCUUUACUGCUGGUUCUGUACAAAAUCUAUGAUCUUCACAAAAAAAAGCUUAGCAAUUCUUCUGAAGGUGUGAACCUUGUUGCAGUUAAAGAUGAUGAUAAGCAACUCCUCAACAUAGAGCCAAUACCCUCAGAGCUACUGCUGGACACAUACAAGAGGAAGAUUGCAGAUGAAGGAAGGCUCUUCUUGGAGGAAUUUCAGAGUAUUCCUAGAGUCUUCAGUAAAUUUUCUAUAAAGGAGGCCAAAAAGAGCCAUAAUCAGAACAAAAACCGUUACAUUGAUAUUCUUCCAUAUGACCAUAACCGUGUUGAGCUCUCAGAGAUGCCAGGAGAUCCAGGAUCAGACUAUAUCAAUGCAAGUUAUAUUGAUGGCUUCAAAGAACCAAGAAAAUAUAUUGCUGCACAAGGCCCCAAGGAUGAAACCACAGAUGAUUUCUGGAGAAUGAUCUGGGAACAGAAGGCAACCAUUAUUGUCAUGGUGACUCGCUGUGAGGAAGGAAAGAGGAACAAAUGUGCCCAGUACUGGCCAUCAAUGGAGAAUGGGACUGCAACAUAUGGGGACAUCAUUGUGAAGAUCUAUGAAAGUAAAACAUGUCCAGACUAUGUCAUUCAGAAGCUGCACAUCACAAAUGGAAGAGAAAGGACAGCUGGAAGAGAUGUCACUCAUAUCCAAUUCACAAGCUGGCCAGACCAUGGAGUCCCUGAGGAUCCACAUCUCCUUCUCAAACUCCGACGCAGGGUUAAUGCCCUCAGCAACUUUUUUAGUGGUCCAAUCGUGGUUCAUUGCAGUGCCGGCGUUGGGCGCACGGGGACCUACAUCGGGAUCGAUGCCAUGCUGGAGGGGCUGGACGCAGAAGGCAGAGUGGAUGUUUAUGGAUACAUCGUGAAACUGCGGCGGCAGCGAUGCCUCAUGGUCCAAGUAGAGUCACAGUACAUCCUUAUUCAUCAAGCUCUGGUGGAAUACAAUCAGUAUGGAGAAACUGAGAUCAGUCUCUCAGAACUGCAUUCCUCCCUUAAUGAUCUGAAAAGAAAAGACCACCCCAGUGAGCCUUCUCUGCUGGAGGCAGAGUUCAAGCGACUGCCUUCCUAUAAGGGGUGGCGGACACAGAACAUUGGGAAUCGGGAUGAAAAUAAAAGCAAAAAUAGGAAUGCCAACAUAAUUCCUUAUGACUUUAACCGAGUGCCCAUCAGGCACGAAGAAGAUUGCAGUAAGGAGGGUGAGCAUGAUUCAGAGGAGUCCUCGGAUGAGGACAGUGACUGUGAAGAAUCCAACAGAUACAUCAAUGCUUCCUUCAUAACUGGUUACUGGGGUCCAAAAGCCAUGAUUGCAACACAGGGACCACUGCAGGAAACUAUCUCUGACUUCUGGCGAAUGGUGUUCCAAAGAAAAGUCAAAGUCAUUGUUAUGCUGACAGAGCUGAAGGAGGGAGAUCAGGAACUCUGUGCACAGUACUGGGGAGGAGGAAAGCAAACGUAUGAUGGCAUAGAAGUUCAAAUGGCAGAUGUCAACUCUGGUCCUAGCUAUACCAUACGUGCAUUUGAUGUUGCACAUCAGAAGACAAAAGAAACUCAGAAGGUGUAUCAGUAUCAGUACCAUCAAUGGAGUGGCUGUGAUGUUCCAGAAACCCCCAAAGAUUUAGUCAGCAUGAUUCUCAACAUUAAACAAAAACUUCCAGCCAGACAAGUCACUGAGGACAACAGGAAAACCCGCAGUGUCCCACUGCUUGUCCACUGCUGUGAUGGAUCACAGCAGACUGGUGUAUUUUGUGCUUUAAUGACCCUUUUGGAAAGUGCAGAGACAGAAGAAGUUAUAGAUGUUUUCCAAGUAGUAAAAUCACUUCGUCGCACCAGGCUGGGAAUAGUCUCCACCUUUGAACAAUACCAAUUUCUGUAUGACACCAUUGCCAGCACCUACCCUGCACAGAAUGGACAAAUAAAGAAGAGCAGCCAGCAGGAAGAUAAAGUUGAAUUUUGCAGUGAAGUAGGAAAAUCAGAUCAGGAAACUGAUUUGAUCACAACUGAUCUUGCCCCACCACAGCCAGAGGAAAUUGAGCCACCUGAAAGAUGUGAUGAUUCUAAGGCUGCAGAUAGCACUAAGGAAACAGAAAGUUCUACAAAUGGCCCCACAACUGCAAUUCUAACUUAGAAGCAGACUAAAAAAAAAGUGCUUUUUUGCCUGCAAAAAAUCUUAAGCAAAAUGGGAGGUAUAAGAGUUCUUAUUCUUCCCACUUUUUUUUGUUUUAAUGAUAGUUGUUUUAUGUUUUUGAAAGGUACAAAUUUAAAGGAAUACUUGAAACUUGUAGAGAGCAACAAAGAACUGUGGAAUUUUAAUUUUUGUGUAGAUUUGCAUUGAAUACUUCUUCAGAAAACUUCACUAUUUUUAUACUUUUCCUUUAAAAAUUUGUACAGUGUAAUACUAUGCUGAGAAGUGCAAAGCAAAAUUUUUUAUUUCUGUAACAAGAAAAAAGCAACUCAGAACAAGAUUAUUGAGUUGCAAGAACAGGUCUAUCCUCAAAACUACUAGCAAGUAAGUGAACCUAUAGGUAAGCAUAUAUUCUAGCAUUUCAGGACUAAUGAGAGCAUUAAUAAUACUCUUGGGACUUGUGGGAGUUUGCCAAACAGUUUUAAGAGUUUAUAAUUUACAUCAUGUGGCAAUUCCAAGGAAUUCCAACUUACAUGGGAUGUGUAAGUCCUCCCAUAUCAAUGCAGAAUUGAAAUUUUGCAUUUUUCUAAGUGUCCUCAAGGUGUCCUUAUUGCUCCACAUAUAUUAAUCUGAUACUCCUACAGGAGUUGGGAGAUAGGCAUUUGAUCAUUGAAACGGUUCUGGUGGAAAACAUAUCCUGUUUACUCUUAGAGCUUAAAAUACUGACUGCUUUCAUAUCUAUUUCUUAUGCUUACAUUUAUUUAAAGGACUACUUCCAUGAAUGCCUCCAACCUCUUUUCAGAAUUGGAAAAUACUUUGAGAAUUUUUCUUUUAGAUUUUAAUUGGUACCGGAUAUUUUUUUUUCAUAAUGAUGUUUUGUAUGUUACAAUUUUGAUCUUUUUACUAUUUCUUGCUGGAUUUUAGCCUACUGUUUUCAGAACAAAUAAAAACGGUAAUUAAUAGUUGACAAGAUGAAAA